AUGGCUACCAAACGAUUCACUCAAAGUGCUAUCAAUUUCAAAACAGUUAGUGAUUUGGUUGGCGAGAAGCAUGCUAAAGAAGUUACCGCAUUAGCACAACAUCAUCAACAUUACUUGAGUACCGUGAUGUCUAAACCUGCGGAACUGCCAAAAUAUGAUUUUGCUAAGUUGAAAAAGCAAAUGCCUGAACAUGCGAUUGCUUUGGACAAGCUGCAGAAGCAAUAUGAAGCAAUCAAAAUACCGUUUCACUCAGUACCAGAGCAAUUCAUGAAAGAGAUUGAUGAUUAUUUGAAAUACGUUAGCACAAAAAUGGAUUUUCUCAAUCGUAAGCUGACUGAUGCUGCGGAAGAUGAAAAAAAAAUCAAAGCGAAAUAUGAAAACAUGCCACCGAUUGAACAUUUUCGACCAGAACAUUAUGGGAAGUUCUUUCCUGAAGUGCACCGUGACGUCCGCUUGCCAAUUGAUCGUUUUACGACGGGUUGGGGUAGUACAAAUACUCCCGAGCAUUUCCAAGAAUUGAAAGAACUCUUUAAAGAUUAUCGAUCACGUCCAGUUCCCGAACACUUGCAGAAAUGA